CGCUGCGUUGUUAUACCGGUUAUACUCUGGGUUUGGUGGUGUCUGCUGAUGUCAAAUCGUCUAUAUGAAAUAGGAACAUAACAUUUAUGUGCAGAAGAUGUGAAUACCAGCAUUUAUAUCUAAAAUAUUCUUGAGCUCCGGCUGACUGGCAUGGCGUUAGUCAGAUCACCAAGGCUGCCGCUGUGGCUGACGGACCUUUGCCGACCCAAACAGCACGGUCCUUUCACUAGCUUGCGGCUUGUGAGUGCUGGGCAGGCUACUGAGAAGAUAACCUGUCCCUUGGACCUGCCUAGUGAAGCUCGUGUGGUCAUCUGUGGAGGUGGUGUUGUAGGCUGCUCAGUGGCAUAUCAUUUGGCACGAGACCAUGGCCUUACUGAUGUUGUUGUCCUUGAGAAAGGAGUAAUUGGAGGUGGUUCAACAAAGCAUGGUGCUGGGCUCCUGGGGCAGCUGAAGGCCACUACAAUCGAAUGCAGAGUUUCCAAAUACAGCAUUCAGCUGUACAAGGACUUUGAAAGCAGAGGCUUUGACACAGGAUGGAACCAGUGUGGAAGUCUUCUUCUUGCUCGCACAAAAGACCGUCUCUUUUACUUCAGGAGACUAGCAGCAAUGGCAGCGUCACUAAACCUUGAGUGCCAUUUGCUGUCUCCCGCAGAGGCACAGUCAAAGGCUCCAGAUAUCACAACCGAGUUGUUAGAAGGUGCGCUAUGGGUGCCUGGUGACGGUGUGGCAGAUCCUUCGCUUGUCUGCCAAGUACUUGCUGAACAAGCAUCUGAGAUGGGCAUUAAAAUUAUGGAAGGUUGCUCAGUUGAAAAAGUUACUGCACAUGGCCACCUCAAUAUGCAUGAUGUGGAAACAAACUGGGGAUCUAUACGCUGUGAAUAUUUUGUAAACUCAGCUGGAUAUUUUGGCCGACACCUUGGCAAAAUGAGCACCCCUGAAGUGAAGGUUCCUCUGUAUCCAUGUGAGCACCAUUUCCUCCACACCUUACCUGUGGAAGGCAUGGAUCCUGACAUGCCUGUGAUUCACGACUGUGAUGGCCACUUCUACUUAAGAGCACAUGAAGGAGCAUAUCUUGCUGGGGGCUUUGAACCUCAAAGUAAGCCAGCUGAUCUCAGCAUCCUUCCAUCUGGAGAAUUGGGAACACUUCCAGAAGACUGGGAUCAGUUCUAUGUCCUGUUGAAGGAAAUUCUUUUCCGUUUUCCGAACCUGGGAAACGUGAAAGUGGACAGACUUUACAAUUGCCCUGAAAGCUUUACACCUGAUUGUCGUUGGAUUAUAGGGGAAGCUCCAGAGGCAAAGAACUAUUUUGUGGCUUCUGGAAUGAAGUCUGUUGGCAUUGAGGCUGCUGGUGGCUUGGGGAAAGUCACAGCUGAAUGGAUUGCAAAAGGAGAGCCGAAGCUUGACCUGUGGGACAUUGACAUACGGAGGUUCAUCGGGAUCCAUAACAAUGCUCAUUUUCUUCGAGAUCGCAUGACUGAGGCACCAGGCAUGCAUUACAAGUUAUGUUAUCCCUUUGUGGAAUUUCAAACUGGUCGAGAGCUGCGGAUGUCGCCCAUAUAUCCUCGUCUCAAACUGGCUGGAGCUGUUUUUGGACAAACAAUGGGUUACGAGAGGCCCCAUUAUUACACAUCCAGUGAUCAUAAUAUCCUGACAGGGACGGACCUGCCUUCAGCUAAUGUGGAUGUGUAUGGAAAGCCGCCAUGGUUUGAUGCAGUGAAAUCUGAGUAUGAAGCCUGCAGAGAGAGGGUGGCUCUUCUUGACUAUUCCUCUUUCACCAAACUGGAAGUUUGGUCUCCUGGUAGUGAGGUGGUUGAUCUGCUGCAGUACUUGUGUUCAAAUGAUAUUGAUAUCCCCGUGGGAAGCAUUGUUAACACUGGUAUGCAAAACCAUUGGGGCGGCUAUGAAAAUGACUGCAGCCUUGUCAGGCUCGAGAAAAACAGGUACAUGAUAGUGGCACCCACAAAGCAGCAAAUGCGCUGCCAGACAUGGAUUCGUCGCCAUGUGCCAUAUGACAGCCCUAUUGUCGUUGCUGACGUCACUUCUAUGUAUACUGCCAUCUGCAUCAUGGGCCAGCGAGCACCAAGCCUCAUGUCGGAACUGACUGACACCUCAUUGACAUCCAAGGACUUUCCACUCUUCACGUGGAAAGAGCUUGACAUAGGUUUGGCCAGUGGUAUCAAAGUUUUUCACAUGACUCAUACUGGAGACAGAGGAUGGGUCUUGUACAUACCUAAUGAGUAUGCUCUUCAUGUAUAUGAUAGAAUCCUUGAAGUGGGCCAGAAGUAUGGCAUUCAGCAUGCCGGUUACUUUGCCAUGCGAACACUUCGAAUUGAGAAGUUUUUUGCCUUCUGGGGAAAGGACCUGGACUGCACGACGACUCCAUUUGAGUGCGGACGGGCCUUCAGAGUCAAGUUUAAUAAAGACUUUCUUGGUAAGGAAGCACUGUUGAAACAGAAAGAAGCAGGUGUGACACGACGGUAUGUGCAGCUGCUGCUUAAGGAUCACGACCCUGACUAUGAUCCAUGGCCUUGGGGUGGAGAGCCCAUCUUGUUUGAGGACCGCUGCAUUGGCAUGACAUCCACUACCUGUUAUGGAUUUACGCUUGGUGGACAGGUUUGCCUGGGCUUUGUGGAGAACAAGGAUGAGAAUGGUGUGCCACAAGUGCUGACAAAUGACUUCAUCUUGAAGAAUGAGUUUUAUGUUGACAUUGCUGGCCACAAGUUUGCAGCUCGAGCCAACAUUCAUUCACCAUCAUUGGCUUAUCAGGUGACCACCCCUGACCGACUUUAUCUGGCAACAAGAUGAAGACCUUCCUUGGAGUGGCCAAAUGUGUCAGUAAAUGUGCAGCACUGGCAUUUGUAUUUAAUUAAUACCUAGAGAGUGGCUUUCAUAAAUGUAGCAAUGCUAUGUGGAGAGAGCCUUUGCUGGUUUCCUCAAAGUGUUUGUUGCUGAGUUUAUAUACUCUGAGCAGUUUAUAGACAGCAUUUCGGUGACUUAAAUUGCAUAAUUUAUUAAGUUGUUAUUUCUGAACUUUGCUUAAUGUGCUGUUAAAGUAAUUAGACCUAGUCAUCCUGUUGGCACCAAGAUGUUUGUAAUUAUUCAUAUAGUGUUUUUGAUGCUAAGAACUGCUUUGUUGUGAUCUUUUGUGAGAAAGUAAGAAAACGGGGAGUGAGAUGUGGAGGUGACUCAGCUGUGCAUCGAACCAAAAGCAUUACCUGUGUGUCUAUGACUAUUGCUGUAGUAAGAUCUUAAAGUAGGGAUACUUGAAGGACUUGAAAUUGAUCUGAAUUGUUGACAUCCAUCUAGCUACUUAUGGAAGAUGUCUAUUGGUUCUUACUGCCAUUUUAACAAAAAGCAGUUUUUAAAAAUGUAAACUGUGUUGCACUUAGUGAGCAUUAUUUCACUAUUAAUGUAGCUGUUAUAAUACUAGCUGUCCCAACUACAUGUCACCAAGAAAUAAAAAAUAAUGUAGGGCUUUAUGCGAACGGUGAUCACUGUAUGCCUUUGGAUGCUGUUCGGGCUAGUCACGAGUACGGUGGAAUCUCAUUGAUACGGUUCUGCGUAAUACGUUUUUCGGGAUAAUACGUUUAUUUUUAUUUUUCCGGCCAACACCUCAUAGGAGCAAUGUAUUUUCAUACGGUUUAUACGAUCGCGUUUUCGCCUGAAAUUGGAUAAUAUGACUGCAAACUAUGAUUUCUGAAACUCGUAGCUUUAUAUUCAAGUGUACUAGAUUAAAUUACAUUCUAAUGAACAAUGAACAACGUGUUAAGGACCGGCUACACUAGCGGAAAAAUGAGCGUCACAAAAGCUGCCGCGUAGCAGGUCUUCCGUGCCACGGGAGGGAUUGGUCCUGGACCGAUUUAAAUUGCGCGCGCUGCAGGGGCAAAUGAGCCGCAAGCGUAGGAGACCAAUGAGAGUGGACCCUUCAGUACGUAUGCGUGGGAAACUGUUGUCAUGCGGACCCGCCCGACCGCUGUUUUCGUACUCACGUCUGGUAUCAGCCAGACCGCUUGUUUCAUGGUAUCGUCUGUUCGCGUCAGCUUUCGCUCGCGCUUGUUGUGGUUGGCUUUUCAGGCGAGAUUUUCAUGCGGUCACGUGCAGUGGCGUAGCCAGAAAUUUUGUUUGGGGGGGGGGCUCAGGUUACAGCGCAGCCUCCUCCUUAUAGAAUUUGUCGAGGGAUCAAAUACAUGAAUAAUAACUACAUUGCCAUGGCCAAUGCCAUUGUAUAUUAGAUGCUGCAAAUGAAUUAUUGAACGCUACGCACUCUGAAUACAAGUAUGUAUUUUUUUCAUAAAAAAAUAUAUUUGUAUGUCCCCAAAAUUGUGGCAGAAAUAAUUGAUAUCAAUGCUUCCGCGCUUCUUUUUUUUUUCAUUUAAUAAGUACAAAAAAUAUCACGUGAACUUUAGAACUAUAUCAGUUCAAAACCAGCAAUGCAGUGCAUGCAGCUGAUAUGAAAAACGUAAAGGCCAUGAAAUUAACAAGUUGAGGAUAAAUAUUUUGAUGAAUCUAUGUCAUUCAAGAACCUUGUUUACAUUUUAGUACAUAUGCAACGGCCAGGAAAAAAACCUCAAUGACGCUGUCCUUCAUUGCAAUGGAUUGCGCAGGAGCAGCUGUUACCAGUCGUGUAUUGUGAGUAAUUGCACCGAAAUUAAAGUCGCAACAGUGAGUACAUAUAUAAAGCAGGAGUUCUGAAAAAUAUACAUUAGAAAUGCAAAGAUUGAAUGGAAUAUACAAAUACGAAGA